AGGCCCCGGCAGCGGCGCGGGGUGAGUAGCGGCGGGGGAGGGGGGAGAGGAGGUGGUGUGCGCGCGCGUGGAGUGGCGGCCGUUGGUUGUGAACGCUAACGGUCGCUUUCCGCCGUGAGGGGAGCGGCUGAGGCGCUGAGGUGGCGACUCCCGGGCCUCGCUCCUCGCGGGGUUUCCUCUCGGAAGUCUGCCUCAGCCGAAAGGCCUGUCCUAUGUGCGACAUCCCUGCGGGGCCAGGAGGCCUCAGCGCCUUGUGCCUGCCUCCCGGUAGGCCGGGCUGCAUUAGAGCUCCUGCUCGCCGUUGCUCAGGUGUCCUUUGUCAUCCUUCAUGCCCUUGUGUGUGAAAAUGAGACCGAAGUCUUCGGGUGAUGGUGGUGAUCACACCGCCAAGGGAUGAAGACUGUUCUGGAGGUAUUCACCAACAGUUGAAAUGUCUUCCAGCAAAACUCCGCAUGGAAAUGAAACACCCAAUGAGGGAAAUCCAGGACUGAGGGGUGCCCGAACAACCACUCUGUUCCGAGCUGUGAACCCAGAGCUUUUCAUUAAACCCAACAAACCUAUGAUGGCAUUUGGACUCGUAGCAAUUACCCUCUGCGUGGCCUACCUUGGUUAUUUGCAUGCAACGGUAGAGAAUAAAAAGGAUCUCUACGAAGCUGUUGACAGUGAGGGGUCCAGAUAUAUGAGGAGAAAAACUUCCAAGUGGGACUGACGACAUAAGGAAGGAAAUAAGCAAAUCAGCCACAGAACUUCUCAAGGCUGAAAACUCCUGUUUUCCCUCUGUCCAUUAAAAUCAUGGUUAAAUCUCUCUUGUGCCUUUUAAUCCAAUAUAAGUUCCAUUAUAAAAUACCAUGGCUGUACAAAUAAAUUGUAAUUAAGAUAUAUACAAACACAAAA